UCUCUCUCUCUCUCUCUCUCUCUCUCUCUCUCUCUCUCUCUCUCUCUCUCUCUCUCUCUCCUAUUUUUCCGCGCGAGCGUGCAAACGCGAGCGAGCAGGCCGACCAGAGCCGACUCGCGCCGGUCACGUGUCUCUCGGACUCAUCCCCCGGUUGCACGGCCGAACGGAAGUGCAGCCGACCAAGUGCCAUUCGACAGUCCCUCCUCCUCUUCUUCUUCUUCUUCUUCUUCUCUUCCUCGUUCUCCUCCCCCAUCUAUAGAGGCCGUGACUAAUUAAUGACGCCGGCCUGUCUUUCGCGCGAUCCUCAUUAGAGACGAAGGCGAACGUGGAAAAACUGUUUGUUUGUUUGUUUGUUUGUUUGUUUGUUCGGAGGCGCCGGGCCUCGAUGCCGACCGAUCGCAGGAGGACCGCGGGAUCGGCGAUCGACCGAGAUCGGUCGGGCCACGAGACGAGCCGAAGACUAUGCUGACUCGUGACUCCCGCCGCGUAGAGUCGUUCGAACGGCCGGUGACACACGUGUUAAUGACGGGCCGGUACUGAGAGACGGCAGGGACGUGAUCGCUCGCCUUUAGUACCGUUCAUUUCUGCUGCUUUGCUCUUUGAUCACGUUUGGCCAUGGUGCUGGGUGACGACACACGUAGGCCGCAGUGAGAUGUGAUGGAGAUGAAGACCAGCUUACUGCUUCUGGCGCUGCUUCGCCUCGCCAGCGCGCUCGAAAACACGAAAGAGGAGGAGGACGCGGAGGAAGACGACGAGGAGAAUUAUCCGGUGGGUGACUACGACUACGGUGACUAUGAAACCGCGACUAUAACCGGCGACACCGAUCUUAUCGCGGGUGGCUCGUUGCCGAUCUUCCUCGCGGAGCCUGUCGACACGUUCGUCGUCAAGGGGAGGCCAGCCACCCUCCACUGCCGCGCGGCACAUGCUCUUCUGGUGUAUUUUCGCUGCAACGGUGACCGGGCCAAGCAAUCGCAGCACCAGGAUUUCGUCGACCCUCGUACCGGGACGAGGGUCGUCGAGGUCGAGUUGAACGUGACGAGGAACGAGGUCGAGGAGUACUUCGGUAGGGAGAGGUUCAAGUGCGAGUGCGUGGCAUGGUCGGGACCAGGUCAGAUUCGAGGGCAGCCCGCCACGGUUGAGGUCGCCUACCUGAAGAAGCACUUCCUGUCGCCGCCGUACUCGCUGUCGGUCGAGGCCGGCCGCAAUGCCGAACUCCGGUGCUCGCCGCCUAUGGGGGUGCCGCUGCCCAAAGUCUACUGGCUGAAGAACGGCUCGCCUCUCGAGACCGUGAACGGGUCCACGCCGCAGCCACCUAUGCAGCAGAGCAGUCACAACGAAGUCGCGGCCACCGGGAACUUCGUGCAGACUGGAGAGGGUCACCUCUUCCUCGGCGAAGCGGAACUCAGGCACCAGGGAAACUACUCCUGCGUGGCGGAGAACAUCGCUGCCAGGCGGGUCAGCGAACCGGCUGUCCUCACGGUCUAUGUGAACGGCGGGUGGUCUUCCUGGUCGGGAUGGUCGGACUGCAGCACCCGUUGCGGCCGAGGUGUACAAAAGAGGACUCGUACCUGUUCGAACCCGAUGCCGAUCAACGGGGGUCAGUCCUGUCCGGGUCCGGCGACGCAAAGGGUCGACUGCAAUCCUUCCUGUCCCGCGGUCGACGGCAGAUGGUCAAGCUGGUCCUCGUGGACCGCAUGCGGUCCCGAUUGUUCCAGAGUGAGGAGGAGAUCCUGCAACGACCCCCCGGCGAGCAAUGGUGGUCGUUCCUGUCAAGGCAAGGACGUCAUCGUUGAGUCUUGUUCCGCGGAUCGAUGUAAUGCUCUCGGACAAGACGGGCCACGGGUCUUGAAGGAAGCGGCGCGCUCGAUCGAUCACAGAAACAUCCUAGCCCUGUGGAUCACGUUGAGCCUGGCGGCGGUGAUCCUAGCACUGACGACCAUCUUCUUCGUGCGAGUGAUGCGCCGGAAGGAGCGAAUGGGUGCGCUGUACGGCGUGGCGAGGCUGGACUUCCGGCGACCCGGUGACCUAGCGAAGUCGGUCGUCUCGAAGAACCGAUCGGUCCUGUCCAUGGACAGACGGCUGGAACAGGUGAUAGACGAGUCGAACGCGGCCAGAAUGCCUAGGUCUUGCUCGGAGCACCAUUACGACGUGCCACAGCUGUCCCUGCCGUCCACCGCCAGGCCAUCCCCGAGCUCCUCGGUGACGAGGUCGUCCUGCAGGAACUCCCAGCGCGGCAGAGGCCUGUCCGACAACGAGGAGGGCCGGUCGUCCAGAUCGACGCAGCCGAACGCCGAGAGCACCAACGAGGAGGAGGACGAGCACGACGAGCUGGACGCGCUCACGGAAGACGACAAGGUCCACGGGGACUCGGGCGGAUUCAUCGUGAGAGCGGUGGUGGACGAGCAAGGCGCCCUUCUCGUGGUCCCAGAAGUCGGCGUCUCGAUGUCCGUCCCGGAAGGAGCGAUCCCCAGAGGUCGUCGGCACAAUCUGCACCUGGCUGUACUAGGGGACGACUAUCUGAGACCCUCUCUGCCGCCUGGGCUGACUCUUCUGUCCGCCGUGGUGGCCUGCGGACCGAGCGACAUCGACCUGGUGAAGCCGGUGAUCCUGCAGUUCGAACACUGCGCCGAGCUGAGGACCGACAACUGGGAGCUCAGCCUCUGGUCCACCGAUCUCGAUCUCGAGACCCGCUCCAGUAACUCGACCAAUUCGUCGACCAGCUCGAACGUCACCUCUUCGAUGAUGUGGCGCAAGAUCCUCACGCUCGGCGGGGAACCCAUCAAUCUGCCCGGACAACCGUUCGCACAGCUCGAUCAUACCGGGGUGUUCCUGGUCACGGAGACACCCAGCGCCUACGCCGUUGCCGGGGAGAGUUCCUCGGUGGCGCCUGGACUGGCGGUGAAGAGGAUCUGCGUGGCCGUGUUCUUGUCCAGGGAGAGGGACCACAUCAGGUGCCAUCUGAUCGAGGACACCAAGGCGGCGUUCAAGCUUCUGGUGGAUCGGGAACGUCGUCUAGGCGGAAGCCGAGUGGAGCACGGCACCCUAGGCUUCCGAGCAGGUGGUUCCCCCCUGCGCAUCGAUCUCGAGGACAGAGAAAGCGGAUUCGUGGAGCGUCAAGAGGUUCCGCACCGCAGGAUUUGGUCCUCGAGCAGGACGAGCAUAAGGCGGUCCUUCAGAAUCGAGAAAACCGUCGGCGAGACGAGGCUGAGCUUCGAGUUGCGCGCCUGCCAGUGCGGCUUCGAAGAGCACGCACUGUUCCUCAGGGUCGACCUGGACUUCGUGAAGAGGAACGGCUCCAGCGGCAAGAGAUCCACCAAGACCGAGUCCUCUAUCGUUCUGCGGGGGAAGAACUCUGCCAGAUCGACGGAGUCCGUCCUCCCAAGACCUUUCAGGUUCUCGAAAACGCUGAGGAAACAGCUGUGCCAGUGCCUGGACCCUCCCAGCGCCCGGGGCAACGAUUGGCGGAUGCUGGCGCAGAGGCUGCAAGUAGACCGAUACGUCGAUUACUUCGCGACGAAGGCGAGCCCGACCGAGCACAUCCUGGACCUCUGGGAGGCGAAGCACCAGGAGGGCACUGCCCUCGCGGACCUUCUGAACCACUUGAGACUGAUGGGACGCGUCGACGCAGCGAACGUCCUCGAGAGUCGCCUCGGUCCGUGGAUCUGAGGAGGUGCGCCGGAACAACCCCACUGCCAAUAUCGACGCGCAACUUUACAAAUGUCUUUUGUAAAUAACGACGAAAACAGAAAAAAAGAGAACAAGAAAGAAAAAUCGAACGAAAUAAUCUAAGCGUAACGACGCAUCCGUGAAACGAAGAAUGAUCGAUGUAGUACCACGUUGUAUAGAGACCCGGCAAUCGUGUUUGUACAUAAAGCUCGUUUAUAGCAAA